GUUUUCAAUGAAUCUGAUUUCGUGAAUUUAUCUGUUUUUGAUAGAGAAAUGGUAGAUCCCGAUAGGGUUUUCUUUGUACGUGUUAUGCGUGAGUGGGUCUCAAGAUUUACUGGUAAAGUUAUUGAAAAUUUUGAGAUUCAUCUCUCCCAGCCGAUGGGUUUCGCAGGAGAUAUAAUGUCUCUCACUGAAUUCGCCACCUCCCGACAAGUCAAGAACUUAGUUCUUGAUUUCUCAGAUCCUAUCCAAAGAAACUUAAGUCAAGCCCAACAGACUAUAAGAGAUUGUCUACUAAGAUGCAGAUAUCUUCAAAAGAACGAUUUAGAUGUUUCUCAUCUCUUUUUCAAUCUUUUAUAUGUUAGAACUUUAACGGUCUGCUCCUUUUUCCUUCAGAGAGCUCCAUCGCCUUUAGUGAUAGAUCCAGUAAGUUAUUGGCUCACUAGCAAAGCUUACGAGUGUUUGGAAAAAACGCUAAAGGUUGUGAAGGUAAAGAAAUUCCGUGGAAGCUCGAACGAGUUACAUAUGCUUCAAUACUUGAUUCGUACCGGGUGUGUGAUGGAACGAGUUGAUCUUUACGAGGCAAAUGGAUUGAACCAUAAUCAAAAGAGGUGGGUACUAGCUGUGGUUGAGGAGUUUCAGCAGAAUUUCAAGAGCGCUUCGGGGCAUUUACGAAUUACUCUACACAAUGCUUGAUUCAAGCAUUUUCUAGUGAAAAAGAAUUCAUUGAAUGAUCUUUUCAACUUUGCUUUAUUUCAUAUUGAGGGUGCGUAUGUUUUAUUUGGAUUAGUUGUUCAGUUGUUUAAGUUUAUGCUUUUCCUAUUUGGCUUGGUAAGAAAAAUAAUUGAUAAUU